GGAUGAGCACCCUUCCCUUCCUCCUCUCGGCCGGGCUGGCGUGUCUUCCUUCCGGGCUUGCCGAAGAAAGUUAAGGGAGGUUCAGCCGCUGCUGGGGCUUUUACAUAAUGGACAGCCAGGGAAGGAAAGCGGUGGUCUGUGACAAUGGAACCGGGUUUGUCAAGUGUGGCUAUGCAGGCUCCAACUUCCCAGAGCACAUCUUCCCUGCGCUUGUUGGGAGACCCAUCAUUCGCUCAACAGCCAAAGUGGGAAACAUUGAGAUUAAGGAUCUGAUGGUGGGAGACGAGGCCAGCGAGCUGCGCUCCAUGCUGGAGGUGAACUAUCCCAUGGAAAACGGCAUCGUCAGGAACUGGGACGACAUGAAGCACCUGUGGGAUUACACCUUCGGCCCAGAGAAGCUCAACAUCGACUCUCGCAACUGCAAGAUCCUGCUCACCGAGCCCCCCAUGAACCCUACCAAAAACCGGGAGAAAAUCAUYGAGGUGAUGUUUGAGACCUACCAGUUUGCAGGAGUCUACAUUGCUAUUCAGGCUGUUCUGACACUGUAUGCCCAAGGCCUGCUCACCGGUGUGGUGGUGGACUCGGGUGACGGCGUGACACAUAUUUGUCCAGUGUACGAGGGUUUCAGUCUGCCCCACCUGACGAGACGCCUGGACAUCGCAGGCAGGGAUAUCACCCGCUACCUCAUUAAGUUGUUGUUGUUGAGAGGGUACGCCUUCAACCACUCUGCAGACUUUGAGACAGUGCGCAUGAUGAAGGAGAAGCUGUGCUAYGUUGGCUACAACAUCGAGCAGGAGCAGAAGCUGGCACUGGAGACCACCGUGCUGGUGGAAUCAUACACGCUGCCAGAUGGCCGUGUGAUCAAGGUGGGAGGAGAGAGGUUCGAGGCCCCCGAGGCUCUGUUCCAGCCUCACCUCAUCAACGUGGAGGGGGUCGGAGUGGCUGAACUCCUCUUCAACACCAUCCAGGCAGCUGACAUAGACACCAGGCCCGAGUUCUACAAACACAUCGUGCUGUCGGGAGGCUCCACCAUGUACCCGGGUCUGCCGUCUCGGCUGGAGAGAGAACUCAAGCAGCUGUACCUGGAGCGUGUGCUCAAAGGAGACGUGGACAAGCUUUCGAAAUUUAAGAUCCGGAUCGAGGACCCUCCCAGGCGAAAGCACAUGGUGUUCCUGGGCGGAGCCGUUCUGGCCGACAUCAUGAAGGACAAGGACAACUUCUGGCUGACCCGGGAGGAGUACCAGGAGAAAGGAGUCCGUGUGCUGGAAAAACUCGGAGUCACCGUCAGAUAAAGCUCCGGACGGACAGAACACACACACACCUGCACACACAC